GGAACACACGCAAAGAUCCAGAUCUUGGGAGUUUGUUCCCGGAUCUCAACGUUCUUUAUAAGUUACAGGAAAUUCAGUUCUCAAUGUACGUGGCCGAACGUAUGCAUUCUGGAAUUGUGACUAGUGUUCGUUCUCGUGAGCGGAACUCAAAACGCUAGGCAAAAAGAAAAUAAAUCGUGGGUUUCUAAGGAUGGAGUUAAAACAAUUAUAGUUAUGUGUAUCUCUAUCCGGUACCAAACAACACUGAAACCUUAAAAAGAUACAAACCAACACUAGUAUUCUGUCGAGCAAAACACAUUUUUUUUUUAAAAUUCGUAGCUCGUUAUCUUGGACUGAUGUCUUAAGGUUUAUUUUUGUUUUAAGAUGAUAAUUUGCUUUCAAAUCAUGAAGAAAUAUAUUGUUUCAACCACACAAAAACACUAUAACUUUUGUUUUUUUUUGUUACCGUUGGUGUUAACUGACAUUGAACUAUUUGAAUACUUUGGACUUUAUUCAUUUGUUGCUAUGUGUCAUUGGAAAAAAUGGGUGAGAUAAUACUUGUUGAAGAAAACAUAAGGACAUCCUCCUAUCGCGUGCAGUUUGGAGUAAUCGUUAAAGCUGUUAAGAAAUUCAAGUCACCGGUCAGAGAAACUGAUAUCCAGACCGACGACGGUCAAGGAGUGAUACAUUCUUUGACGGCCAAUGCAGCCUCAGGCCUCGGUGCCCAACUGCAGAAGGCAAAUAAACCCUCGCCAAAUAUCUACCCUUCCAUUGGGGCCCUGGUAAAAAGCGUGAGCCGAAGUUACCCAGUGAUGAGCCUAGGUUGGGAAACAAAUGCCAGCGCCGAUGACCGGUCUACGGAAACAGCUUUCCUGAAUGAGGAUCUGAAAAUUGUACUACACAAUUUCUUGACCAAGUGUCCUGUCAGAGAUCAACACGAAUUGGAAAUGCUGAUAAGGGAGCAGGUUUUAUCGGAUGUGGGCGCUGCUCUUCGGGAACACGUAGACAAACUGCAAUCAGGUCAGUUGACGAGUACGUCUGCUGACCAUCGCAUCGAUUGUACAGUCUCGGGAAAGAUGGAAAAUGGAGGUGUAAAACAGUAAGUACCAUGCUACAGUACAGACUAUAAUUUUUAAGGAGCAACUCAAAACUCAAAACAAUAAUUCAAAAGAAUUAAAAAUAUAUUUACGAUGAAAGUUUAAAACAUAAAUCCAUUUACUUGUAUCAAUAAACAUAUCUUAUAUUAUAUUAUCGUAUUUUAUCUUAUCUCAUAAUGGCACUAGCAGAUUGCAACUACACUGUUUACACCUUAGUAGCUUUGUAACGAUAUGUUAGAAAAGGUAUUGUUCCCAAUCGGAUUCCCAUUAUCUUCUAGAACUUGGUGCUGGGUGGCCGAGUGGUCUAAACUGAUUCAAUCCAAAUAGCUGAUGGUCUGGAGAUCAAUCUGCACGAAAUCCAAGACCAGCAAAAAACAUCCCAAGCACCCUUAGUGGAAGGGGACUCGUUAGUCUUGGAUGGAAAUUCAUCGAAGAGAAGGCGAACUCUGAAUUCAAACCAGGAGCCAGAAUUAUCAAUAAAUUGUUCGUGGGCUCUCAAAAAAUAUAGAAAAAAAUAGAAACUGAGAAACAAAACACAAUAGCAAAAUAAGUUUCGAAUUUUAAUUAUGUAAUUUUUUUUUUAAAGAUUGCAUCGCUUCCUUUAAAAAGAACGCUCUACCAUCCAAAAUGGUGUUGGUCAUUUUAAUACUUUGUCAAAACAUAAGCACAAUUGCGUUAUUUUUAAUUGUAUAUUUAUCAUUUGAAUUUUUAUUUCGUAAAUUCAUUUAGAAUGGGCAUGUACCUGUAUAUGCACCUGUACAUGUACCUGUGUCUGUACCUGUAUCUGUACCUGUAUCUGUGUGUGUACUUGUACAUGUACCUGUAUUUGUAUAUGCACCUGUACAUGUACCUGUAUAUGUACCUGUAUCUGUACCUGUGUCUGUACCUGUAUCUGUACCUGUAUCUGUAUUGAUACUUGUAUCUGUACAUGUACCUGUAUAUGUACCUGUACAUGUACCUGUAUUUUUACCUGUAUCUGUACAUGUACCUGUAACUGUAAGUUAAUAAGGAAAAAAAUUACACGCACUAUUGACAAACACUUAUCAAGAUUAUAAGUAAAAAAGAUUUGUUUUCCAUGUCUUAAUUAAUUAGUGAACUUAAAUAAAUUUCCAUUCCAUUUCUUUAACCCGAACAGAAUCGUCAAUGUACAGAUUAAUACAGGAAAUAAAAUCAAGUGCAGUACACUUGUGGUUAAAAAUGCCCAUGCGGUGGCCUUAGAUCACAGCAGUAUUCAUUAUGGUGAUAAUGAGCAAUCCAUGCUGCCUUGUGGGUGUAAGAUCAACCCAUCAUGCCAGAUACAUGGGGCAGGGAACUGAACACAGACAACUCAUCAUGCCUGACACAUGGGGCAGGGAACUGAAUACAGGCAGCUCAUCAUGUCUGACACAUGGUGCAGGGAACUGAACACAGGCAGCUCAUCAUGUCUGACACAUGGCGCAGGGAACUGAACACAGACAACUCAUCAUGCCUGACACAUUGGGCAGGGAACUGAAUACAGGCAGCUCAUCAUGCCUGACAUAUGGGGCAGGGAACAGAACACAAGCAGCUCAUCAUGAAGAACACGUAGGACAGGAAAGUAAAUACAUGAAUGUUUUGACAACGUCAAAUGGAUUCAAUUAUUUAAAAAUUCACAGGAGGGAACAGCAGAUUAUCGGCUAACCAGUUUGAAUAUAUUUUGUUUCUCUAAUUUUGUUACACGAAUAUAAUAAUAUUUUUGUAUAAGAAUAAGAUCAUGUGAUCGAGUAACUAACGCUAGAGUCUAAACAAAAAUGAUCGUGAUUUUGUAUUAUUUCACGUAAAUCGAAUCAAAUUAAAUCUGAUCAAAUAUUUCUGCUUUUCUGCAGGUAAAAUAUACAUUUCAAUGGCUUGAAAUAUUGUCGUAUCUAAACUAUUUCAGUUAGUAAAAAUUUGAAUAUAAUAUCAGAUGUUGAGACUUUGCAGCAGGUAGAAAGAAUCGAAAAAAUGCCUUCCAAUAUUAUUCCAGUAAUGUCGGGUCAUAUCUUCCAGUUUUUCCUGAGGUCAAUUUAAAAAUUUUAAAAAAAUGAAAGUGAGAUACGGCAAAAAAUAAUGUUGUUGAAUUACAAACUCUAUCAACCUGCGUGCGUGCAUGAGGGGACCUGGAACAAUUAAACAUCUGUGAAAGGAUAUUUGAAGCUUUACAUAGUAUGUGUUUGAGAUUGAGAGUGCUUGGUGAAAGGUGCACAGUUUGAGUUGUUUGAGAGAGUAGUUUUAAAAUACUUUAGAUUCAUGAGAACAGUUUAAGAUUAUUAGGUGACAAAAGUUGCAAAUUAAUUGUCUGAGUGAAUGGGAUGAAUUGGA